AUGGACAAUGUUCCACCAGAAAAGACAGCCGACAGGACAGCCCCGGUAUCAGAACGAGGUGUAUCUCCUGCUUCAGCGCGACCCAGUGUCAGACACCAUUCCAGCUUCGCAGAGGCUCGAUAUGGAACCGCCUCUUCUCCCUUGAAUAUGAGCAUGGGAUAUCCCCUCCCAGGCCAUCAUGCGCAAGGCUCCCCAUAUGAUCAGCCGAUGCAUCAAUAUCCGGCAGCCCAUGGGCAAGGCACGAUGUAUCCCAUGCCAAUGCCUCCAUAUGGACACAAUGGUAUGGCCUACGGAAUGCCUUACCCAGCUUAUCCGCCGUAUGCGAUCCCUCAACAUGGAACUCAUUACCAGCAUGCAACUCAUAUGCCAAACCUCAGUCCCGGGCAAGUAUCUCCAUAUGCCUCGGGCUUUUACCCUCAUUCACCAUACGGUAACCCCUAUGGACCUGGAGUACCUGCCGGCCAAAUGCCCCAGGCGGCAUCUCCAAUUCGUACCAACUCGAGCUCGCCAUCGAAACCAGGCUCUUUGCGCAAAGAAGCCGAUAAAAGAAUGGCAGAAUUGGAAUACGACGUCUCAAAGACCAUCGUGGAUGGAUCGAAUCCCAUGAAAUUAGUGUCCCACCCGCUUCUCUCCGAUAAUACUCCCCCUUCGCAAUCAACCCCGACCGCUCCGAAUACCCCACGAGGACCGCCCCGGAAGCCCAAGCAAUCUGGCCACGCGCUCUGGGUCGGAAAUCUCCCCCCAGGAGCCAACGUCGUGGAUCUCAAGGAUCACUUUUCACAAGAUGCCACAAACGACAUCGAGAGUGUGUUCCUAAUCUCCAAGAGUAAUUGUGCGUUUGUGAAUUAUAAGUCGGCUGCCGCCUGUGUCGCCGCGUUGGCGAGAUUCCACGACUCCCGGUUCCAGGGUGUGCGUGUUGUCUGCCGAUUGCGAAAGGGGUUCACUGCUCCGGGGUCCGGAUCUGUAAGUGUAGCAGGCCCUGUGGCGAAUGCUCUUCGACCACGAUUGGAGGAGGUUGCUACAACCACAGCUCCUGCUACGGCUACUACGGACCCAGGGGAGGAACAUUCAACGGAUCUCAGCUCGGCUGCGCCCGCUACGGGGAACUACCCGCCCCCGGCCCGGCUGGUAGAUCGGUACUUUAUUGUUAAAAGCUUGACGGUGGAGGAUCUCGAGUUGAGCAAGCAAAGUGGCAUUUGGGCUACGCAGUCGCACAACGAGGCGGCGAUGAAUCAGGCUUUUGAGACCACCGAUUACGUCUAUUUAAUCUUUUCCGCCAACAAAUCAGGCGAGUAUUUUGGAUACGCGCAUAUGAUGUCACCAAUCAGCGACGACGAAGAACUCGCCUUGGAGAUGCCCUCCCGGCCCGAUCCUCCGCCCGGGCCCGACGACCUCGACGUGACCCUGACAGCGGCCACCUCGACAGCUCCCCAUGGCCGAAUCAUUGAUGAUUCGGUACGGGGUACUAUCUUUUGGGAAGUUGAGUCAUCGGAAGAUGAGAAUGACGCCAGCGAGAAGAGCGAGAAGAGUGAGAUUGUGGAAAAGAACGUCGAACCCGAGGAUCCGGAAGAGGGCCAAACCUUUGGUAAACCGUUCCGCAUCCAAUGGAUUUCAACGGAGCGAGUGCCCUUUCAGCGCACUCGUGGCCUCCGUAACCCUUGGAAUGCGAAUCGGGAGAUCAAGAUCGCUCGUGAUGGUACUGAAAUCGAGCCGACGAUUGGCCGAAAGCUGAUUCAGUUAUUUCACUUGCCUUCUGGUUCCCUAAUUUCCUGA